AUGACUGAUGCCGCGUGCGUCCUUCAGGCCUUCCGGUCUCACAACGUCAACAGUCAACAAAAAGGACAAAGAGAGAUUGCCAGGCAGGCCCGCCGCGCCAACACGGCUUUGCCAGACAUGUCUCCGGUCUCCUUGCUGCAGAGUUGGUCGGUGAACUCCUUCGAUCUCUCUAUCCUCUUUGUUUACUACGGCCAAAUGUUUCUGGACAUUUCUAUUCUCAUUACAACGUUCAUCAGCGUCCAAAGAUGUUGCUGUGUGGCUCUGCCGCUACGUUUUAAAACUGUUUUCACGAGGAAGAGAAGCGUCUUUGUCCUGCUUGGUAUCUGGGCGUACGGUAUCUCCAGCUACCUACCCGUAUUGGUCAAGCAAAGAAUGCACUGGUCAGUUGACCCUCAGACAAACUCCAGCAUGUUAGUUAUCUGGAGAGCUCCAGGAACGGCUUCUGCUUUGUCCUUCAUGGACGUGGUCAACCAAACCUUCCUGGGUAUAGCCUCCGAAGUUGUGGUCAUCGUCUGCCUCGUUGUCCUAACUCUGGCCUUGAGGUCCACGUCACAGUUUAGAAGAUCGAUGAUGUCGGCUGCGACUGUCCCGGGUACCGCCAAGACGGGGAGCAAGCUGAGCUCGAAGGAGGAGCAGGUGGUGAAGACGGUGACGGUGAUAUCUGUCGUCUUUGUCUGCACCAACAGCGCCGCGGUCUUCCUGGCAGUGGCCCGUCUGUGUGUGCCGGACUUUGACCUCUACAGACGAUUCCACAACAUCUUCCUGGUGUCGCACAACACAAGAGCGCUGGUAGAAUAUGCUGGACCAUUUCUGAAUUUCCUGUCUUAUUUCUUUGCAAACACAAAGUUCAGAGAAGAGUUUUACAAGCUGCUGCACUGCCAACGCCAAAGUGCAUUAUCGAAAAAGAACGGACUGACAUAA